GUGUGAGCAAUCACACACAGAUGCGUUCUAGUUGUCGUACUGUAAGGGUGGAUAGUGGAUAAGUCGUGCAUGUUUGUGGAUAGUAUACCAAGUUGGAGAAUAUAUUUUUAUCAACCUCUUGAAGGAGACACCAAAUCAGAACCAUCAUGGCUGACCUGAAGAAGAAGCUUUCGUGGGGUGGUAACUUCUGCCGAGGAUUCCUCUGCUGUUUCAACUUCCUUUUCUUGCUUGGAGGUAUCAUCCUAAUGGCUCUUGGUAUCUGGGUUCUUGUUGACACUGACUCGAAGCAUCUUACCGCCAUCCUGACGGACAACCUCCACCACACCGCGGCCUACAUUUUCCUCAUCGCUGGCAUCAUCGUCAUGGUCGUGUCGGUGUUUGGAUUCUGCGGAGCUAAGAUGGAAAGCAAGUGCUGUCUGGGAAUGUAUGUUUUCUUCUUGGUUGUUAUUUUCAUCAUUGAGCUUGCUGCUGGUUGUGUCGCCCUCUAUUUCUACGUAAAGACUGAUGUUGAAAAUGACCUGACUAGAACAUUGAAGGAUAACUACGGAGGAAACAGCACUGCAGACGAAAGCAUUACAAACUCAUGGAAUUUCAUCCAGAGAGCAUUUGACUGUUGUGGAGUAAAGGGUAAUGCCAGUGAAGCCGUUCGCAUGUAUGGGAUGAGUACAUGGUAUGCCAAUCAGACGGGUACACCCAAAGACAUUGUUCCUGUGUCUUGCUGUAAAAACGAAGAAAUGGCCGAUGCUUGCCAGCAUGCCACCGGCAGCUAUGCCACCUACAUCCAUGACCAGGGCUGUUCUGAGGGUGUAAAGGGCAAGGUUGCUGAAUACGGGACCGUUCUUGGAGUUAUCGGAAUCAUCGUCGCCGUCAUCCAGCUGAUGGGAAUGAUCUGUGCACUCUGCCUCUGCAAGCGUCUGUAAGGAUGCAGCGCCCUCUUGAGUUCAAUCUCCUGUAAUCUAGGUCUUUCUCCUGUCUUUGGGAAUGUUGAGAAGCAAUAUAUCUAUGAUUCUACCUGCAAGUUAACGUCAAUAUGAAGGCAAUUCGAUCCCCGAAUGGAGGCCUCUUGAAUUGCCUGAUGAAAAUAAAUCUUUAGUUUGCAUUGUACAGCUCAAAAAAAAUAUUCAUUGAUACCUAGCCAUUUAAAACAAUUAGAAAAUGCCUGGUUAGAUACGGUUGAAGGUGUCUCACACUGUGUACAGACAGUGAAAUAUCUAAUACCUUCAUCAGAUAUUGACCAUCAAAGCUAGAAGGGCCUUAACUCAUGGCUUUAACUCAGUUAACGCCCUUUUUGCUCUGAGGAGACAUUAUUCCCUUCUUCAGUCUAUUCCAUGAUUUAUUCAUCUUCAUUUUGGUGUGAUACCAUCUCUUUGGAAAGAGACAACCAUUAUUUACUGCCAAAAGGGCAGUAUUACUACGUUGAAAGAAUUGAUUAACGUCCAUCUAGUUCCAAGAAGAUGAUAUUUACCUAAGACAUUUCCUAAGUGGACUAUUCACUUUGACUUUCAGUGAAUGUUUGCUUCUUUUAAUGUUCAUAUGUAAUGAUGUCACAAAUUACAUAAUAGUUGCUAUUGGCAGUGGUCAUAAGGGAUUUUUUAAAUCUAUAAAUAUUAUGGUAAAUUAGCUGUAGCAUCAGUUUGCUCAUGUUCAAUUCAAUAGUCUUGUUCAUUAACUUAUUUAACUGUGUUUUUAUUAACGGGGAAUCUAGUUAGAGAAGGAAGUUUGGUGAGCUGUAAAGUUUUAUUAUGAACUACCAUGCUUAGAGUUAAGCUUGUACAAAGUGAAUGUUUCAAUGUGUGGCAAAUUUUCAGGUUUAAAAAAUAAUUUUUGUUUGAGAAGUAUAGAUGAAAAAGUUCUUUUUUCCAAAGGUCUAUUCCAUGAUGUUGAUGUAUUACAAAGAAUAUCUACACAGUUGAUCAACUGAAAAAGCUCUUUUAUUUUUUCUGCAUCAAACCCCCAAAAAUUAAUCAUUGCAUAUCACCGGGAAGUAAGGUAUUUAUCCUUAUUACCAGGUCCCUCGGAGAGGACCAUAAGCCUUUGGUCCUUUGUAAGUAAUCAACUUACAAGCAUUCAUGCAUUUCUUAGUGAUCAGGUUAAAAAAAAAUCACCAUUAACCUUCUGCAAAGUCCCAUAAGGUUAAUCUUUCAGUGAUCAUUUACAUGUAAGUAGCUUAUUUCGUUGAUUAGACAGUCUUGUGAUAACGAAGUAUUAAGACGAUUAUCAAUGAUGGAAUUUUUUGCCAUAUUAGAUUUUGCCAAUGAAUGAAUGAAAUCUUAAGU